GAAAUGUGAAUGAUGAGAAGCAGCUGUCAAGUGAAGACCAGAAGGAAGAGCUUUCUAGAAGGAGGGAACAGCAACUGCAAAGGCCCUGAGGCAUGAAUGGGUGGGGGCGUUUGGAGAACUUGUAGAUGGAGAGGAGUGCAAAAGGAGAGUUUCAAGCACUUGCAAGUGGAGAAGCAGCCCAACCCUUUAUAUUGGGUGAUUGCUAGUGGAGAAGCUCUGACAAUUUAGCAGACGGGCUCCUGGGCCUCUCUGACCCUUACCACAUCCUUCGCCUUCAGGAGCAGAGUGACCUUCAGGAGCAGAGCGCCUUUGGGAAACAGAUUCCUAAAAUUGCAGGUGGGCCAGCCAUGAGAGGGUACCUUGUGGCCAUAUUCCUGAGUGCUGUCUUUCUCUAUUAUGUGCUGCAUUGUAUAUUAUGGGGAACAAAUGUCUAUUGGGUGCCACCUGUGGAAAUGAAGCGGAGAAAUAAGAUCCAGCCUUGUUUAUCGAAGCCAGCUUUUGCCUCUCUCCUGAGGUUUCAUCAGUUUCACCCUUUUCUGUGUGCAGCUGAUUUUAAAAAGAUUGCUUCCUUGUAUGGUAGCGAUAAGUUUGAUUUGCCCUAUGGGAUAAGAACAUCAGCGGAAUAUUUUCGACUUGCUCUUUCAAAACUGCAGAGUUGUGAUCUCUUUGACGAGUUUGACAAUGUGCCAUGUAAGAAGUGCGUGGUGGUUGGUAAUGGAGGAGUUUUGAAGAAUAAGACAUUAGGAGAAAAAAUUGACUCCUAUGAUGUAAUAAUAAGAAUGAAUAAUGGUCCUGUUUUAGGACAUGAAGAGGAAGUUGGGAGAAGGACAACCUUCCGACUUUUUUAUCCAGAAUCUGUUUUUUCAGAUCCCAAUCACAACGAUCCUAAUACUACGGCGGUUCUCACUGCUUUUAAGCCGCUUGAUUUAAAGUGGCUGUGGGAAUUGUUGACGGGUGGCAAAAUAAACACUAAUGGUUUUUGGAAGAAACCAGCCUUAAACUUGAUCUACAAACCUUAUCAAAUCAGAAUAUUAGAUCCUUUCAUUAUCAGAAUGGCAGCUUAUGAACUGCUUCACUUCCCAAAAGUGUUUCCCAAAAAUCAGAAACCCAAACACCCCACAACAGGAAUUAUUGCCAUCACGUUGGCCUUUCACAUAUGUCACGAAGUUCACCUUGCUGGUUUUAAAUACAACUUUUCUGACCUCAAGAGUCCUUUGCACUAUUACGGGAAUGCCACCAUGUCUUUGAUGAAUAAGAAUGCAUAUCACAAUGUGACAGCAGAGCAGCUCUUUUUGAAGGACAUUAUAGAAAAAAACUUUGUAAUCAACUUGACUGAAGAUUGACUCUACAGACUCAGAAGAUGAUGCUAACAGUAUUAGUUUUAUUUUUAUAUGGCAGUUUUUAGUUUAUUUUUAAAUAUGUUGGAUGCACUUGUCAAAAAAUUGUGUAUAUUAAGUCUGUUGCUGCCUGGUGAUUCAUAACCACCAGCUUAAUUUCUGUGAAUAUAUUUAAUUUAUAAAAACCAA